GUGGUGGCCGCCGUCAUGGCAGGCCUAGGGUUAGAAUAAAGAGUUCGAGAUCGCCUCGCUUUUGUCUUUGGGUUUGCAACCUCUGUCCUUCAUCUCACUUUCCACCAUAACGAACAAGGCCAUUCCCUUCCUUUCCUCUCGCUUUCGGUUCAUUCUUCCAGGCAGCUGCGCUGUCCCCGUUUUUGUGUUUUACGCAUUUAAUCCCCGUUGACUUUUUGCUGUCUAUCUUCCGUCGAGAACGACCACCACCAAACCCAAACUAGCCAAAUGAAGUUCACUCUCUUUGCUGCCAUCGGCCUUGCCGUCACCGCCACCGCCGCCCCGCUCGACAGGCGCGCCGUCUUCUCCGCCAAGACGUACAACCAGCUCUCCAUCAGCGGCGGGCGCGCCGGCAACGCAAAGGCCGAGGCGCUCGCCAAGCUGGCCGGCCUGCCCGCGGACCUCAAGGCGGUCGAGCGCGCGGACCUGACCUUCCUCGACUCGGUCAACAAGAUCGCCAACCAGGCCGAGACGGGCGCCUUCAACCCGGCCAUCGCGGCCGCGUCGGGCGCCGCCAAGGACGCGCUCGACAACGGCAAGACCAAGAACAAGGUCCUCAAGCUGACCGCCACCAUCCUCAAGCUCCAGGCCCAGCAGGCCAAGGGCGAGAACGUGGCCGCUAAGCUGGCCGAGGAGCAGAAGAAGCUGGACAACAACAUCGCAAAGGACGUCGCCGCCGCCGGCAAGGCGUCGACGGCGCUGCAGUUCACUGCUAGCACGUCCAAGUAAGGAGGGUUUCGUCUGUACGGCCAGCCAGCCAACGAGCGCGAGGGCGCCAAUGGAUGCAACACGAUGUUUCACGGGAUUUUCUUUCGGAUGUAUCAAACACAAACACUAGCCGAUUUUGAGAGGAGAGUCUGGUUACUUAAUGGGUAAAAUGCCUUGUUUAAUUAUGCGGAAAUGGGGGCAGUGAGGGCAACCACAAUUGUUGGCGCGUUAGCUUUGGUCUAUGCUCUACGACAAUAAAAAUCGAGAAAAAAAUUCCCGAAAAAUCCCGCCUUCCCGGACCAGCAUUGCAGCCGAGCAACAAAACUAAUCCCUUAG